AUGGGUUCAAAACCAUGUUGCUGUGAAUCACCUAACAACUCAAUUAAAGAAAUCAAAAUUAUAAUUCAUUAGCUUAGCUAAGAAUUUCAGAUACCUGCCAAUAUUCCAUAAAAACCUGUACCAUUGUAAAUGAUGUAAUCUCUAAAAGAAGAGGAUGAUUUUGGAUUAUUUUUGGUAAUGGAAUAAUAUGAACGAUUACUACAUAAACAAAAUUAUAGAAUUAAGUCAUUUUCACCUUCAUAUUAAAUUUAGACUGAAACAAAAGACUUCACUACAACAUACAAUUUAAAAAAACAUGUAUAAAAGAUUAAUCUCAAAAAAUCAAGAUCAUUAACUAAUUCAAAAAUAUCAACAUCAAGUUAAAAAUCUGCUAUUAAAAGUAUACUCAAAUAGAAACCAACAUAAAAUUAAAUAUCAUAUAAAUAAUAAAUUUCAGCUCCAUAGAGAUCAAUUAAAAGUGUACAUUUUAACCCAGUUCUAAGUCCUAAAAAUAGGAUUUCAAGGUAAUCAUAAUUAGCAAAAAAGAGAAUUUUCUUAAGGUCCUACUUAUGA